AUGUUUGACGAGUUUGGAAUCGACCUACCAGAGGGCUGGCUUUCGGAAGACGACGGCGUGGCCCUCGCAGGCGACGGGACAAAGAGUAAGACCGACCGUGUUCGGGUCUGCCACUCAUGCGGUGCGCCCGUCACGACCAACAAGUUUUGUUCUGACUGCGGACACUCUACUUGUGUCAAGUGUACGACCUCGCCAGCGAACGGCAAUGCUGACGAUCCGACCGUCAUUGUUCCUUCGUACGAGGGCCAUCCCGAGACACCACAGACAAGGCAGCAGGUGACGUCGAACACAAUGCCCACGACGCCGUCAAACAGACCACGCACCGAGACACAUCCGAAGACGUCGUCAGACAAUGCUCACAUCGCUGUCAAGAACAACCCCUUUGUCAUUGCGGAUCAGAGAACCAAGGGCAACAUCGCCCAGCCUAAGAUGACUGCCACCAUGCCUCCGGGCACUCAAUAG